CAACUAUAAUUUAUUAUUACUCACUCCUUUGAGUUUGGCUCCACUUUUAGAAGAAUAAGAAAAUCAUGUGCAAGAGCCCAAGAGGUUGUGCGUUCCUCUCUCUCGUUUUUUUUUCUGAAAAAAAAAAAAAAAAGAAAAAAAAAAAAGAAAAGGAAAAAGGUUCCUCCUCUCUCUUCAAAUACCAAAUACAGACCUAUAUUUUUCUCCAUUUUUCAUACCAAGACAAACACAUGGAUAUACAUAUAAACAUGACUCAUGCAACUCUCUGUCUAUUUUUUCCUAGUAGAAUGGUCGGUUUAUCCCCUAACAAGAUUCAAGACAAAAAAGUGCAUUUACCCAAACGGAAACACUAAGGAUGACACUGUACAUGCCCUUGUUCAGAUCAUGCACAACCUCAAGAACGCUCUCUCAACUCCAUGCCCACCUCUUUGUUACUGGACUCCACAGAGACCCAUCUGCUUCAACCAAACUCAUUGAAUCAUAUGCCAAAAUGGGUCCCUUUGAAUCUGCCAAUCUUGUCUUCCAGACCUUCCCAAAACCAGAUUCCUUCAUGUGGGGUGUACUCAUUAAGUGCUAUGUGUGGAAUGGCUUCUUCAAGGAAGCCAUUUCAUUGUACCAUAAAAUGCUGUAUGAAGAAACCCAAAUCAGUAGUUUUAUAUUCCCAUCGGUAUUAAGAGCUUGUUCUGGUUUUGGUGAUCUGGGUAUGAGCCAAAAGGUCCAUGGAAGGAUAAUUAAAUGCGGGGCUGAGUCUGAUGCUUUUAUUGAGGCCUCAUUGCUUAGUAUGUAUGGUGAAACAGCUUGCUUGGAUGAUGCUUGUAAGGUGUUUGAUGGAAUGUCUGUAAGAGAUGUUGUUUCGUGGAGUUCUGUCAUUUCGAGUUAUGUGCAGAAUGGGCAGGCAAGUAAAGGGCUUGAGCUUUUUCGUGAAAUGGUUGCGAAGGGUCUUGAACCCGAUUCAGUGACAAUGCUUGGUGUGGCUGAGGCCUGUGGCGAGUUGAGUUUAUGGAGAGAAGCGAAGUCGGUUCAUGGUUAUGUAGUGAGAAGGGAGAUCAAGAGUACUGGGUCAUUGGAUAAUUCUCUCAUGUCUAUGUAUAGUAGAUGUGGUGACUUGUACAAUGCAGAGGUCCUCUUUGGCAAUCUUACUGACCUGAAUACUUCUUCAUGGACGGCAAUUAUUACAUGUUACAGUCAAAACGGGUGGUACCAAGAAGCGCUAGACAUCUUUGUUGAGAUGCAAGAGUAUAAUGUUGAACCCAAUGCCAUAACCAUGAUAGCUGUUCUAUGUUCAUGUGCUAGGUUAGGCUGGCUCAAGGGAGGGAAGUCAGCUCAUUGUUUUGUUGUUCGAAAAGCUAUAGACCUUGGUUAUGAUAUUUUGGGGCAUGCAUUAAUAGAUGUGUAUGCUAAUUGUGGAAAAAUAGGAGAUUGCCAGAAGGUUUUUGAUAUGACCCGAGCGAGAAAUAUUGUAUCAUGGAAUAUGCUCAUAACUGGUUAUACUAGGGAAAGGCUGUCAAAGGAGGCUUUGAUGCUCUUUGUUCAAAUGCGUGUGCAAGGAAUAUUACCAGACUCAUAUACUCUGGCAAUUGUUCUCUCAGCCUGUGGAGAUAUCAGUUUCUAUGAGCUUGGACGUCAGUUCCAUGGGCAUAGUAUUAAAACGGGGUUCUUGAAUGAGUUUGUUCUGAAUUCCCUAGUUGACAUGUACUCCAAAUGUGGCUUUGUGGAUUCAGCAUACAUAUUAUUUGAUGAUAGCCAACAGAAAAGUGUUAUAACAUGGAAUUCUAUGAUAUGUGGAUUUUCUGAAAAUGGUAAUUUGGUAGAAGCAAUCAGUCUCUUCGAUCAAAUGUAUUCAAGUUGUCUUGAAAUGGAUGAAGUAACCUUCCUGAGUGUAAUUCAAGCUUGCUCGAAUUUAAGAUAUCUAGAAAAAGGAAAAUGGAUUCACCAUAAGCUCAUCACCUGUGGUAUAGUGAAGGAUAUGUAUAUCGAUACAGCUCUAACUGACAUGUAUAGCAAGUGUGGAGACCUUCAGAUGGCCCGGGCAGUUUUUGAUAGCAUGUUAGAGAGGAGCGUGGUGUCAUGGAGUGCCAUGAUAGCAGGUUAUGGGAUGCAUGGUCAAAUUAAUGCUGCCAUCUCUCUCUUUAAUCAAAUGGUAGGAGAAGGAAUAAAACCAAACGAUGUUACCUUCAUGAAUAUUCUAUCUGCCUGCAGUCAUGCAGGAUAUGUAGACCAAGGGAAGGCAUAUUUUAAUUCAGUGAUGAAGGAUUUUGGUAUUGUGCCCAAGUCAGAACAUUUUGCUUGUAUGGUUGAUCUUUUGAGCCGAGCUGGUGAUCUUGAUGGGGCAUAUGAAAUUCUCAAAUCAAUGCCAUUCCCUGCAGAUGCUAGUAUUUGGGGUUCUCUGCUAAAUGGUUGUCGCAUCCAUCAGAGGAUGGACAUGAUUAGAAAGAUUCAGAGAAAUUUUGUUGAUACAGUAAUGGAUGAUACCGGAUAUUAUACUCUAUUAUCUAAUAUAUUUGCGGAAGGAGGAGACUGGGAUGAAUUUAGGACGGUGAGAUCAAUGAUGGAAAAUAUAGGUCUGAGAAAGGUCCAUGGGCACAGUACAAUUGAGGUUGAGAGAGUUUACAGAUUCGUAGCAAAUGAUAAAAUAUCAUUUGUAAAACAAAAGAAAUUUACAGGUUAUUUCACAAUGUUUGUAAUUGGGGUCAUGAAUAAGGUCGUCAUGUCGAUUUGGUGUUCCUGUUAUUAAUAAUAGCAUUAUUCACAGAUGAUCAACAUGUCAGGUCUGUGGUGCUGCCAUGGAGGAUAUUAUUCGUGUCUUUUAGAUGCUAUCGUUGCAUGACCAACAUUUGAAGAGCAACAGUUUCUAAAAAUCUACAGAGCAGAGCAUUUUCUUUGAAACUAACAUUUGAGGUUGGACAGAUAAUAACGGAGGAAUUUUGAUGAAUGUGACAGUAGGAUAAACUGAUGGCCCUCUGUCUUUCAGGUAGCCUAUUGGAAAAUUUGUAAAUGGCGUAACUCAGUGCAAGAGAUCCUACACCAAGUCCAUAACAUGAUCUGCACCCUCAACUGACUGAAGCACAUGAACCAAAAACUACGAAAUUUUUUGCUUGGAAUAUCCCCCUUCAUCAAAGAGUGAAGGCUAACGAACGGUUGGGCUCUCCAGAGGGAAAUCAGGCCCUGCUGCGGUUGUUGGCUUAAUUUGGUUCAGGGAGGAGGGGUGGGGGGUGAGGUUGAAGCUGGUCAAUGGAGUAGGAUUCUCGAUCAACAGGGUUGUCAGUGAUAAUGAUCUGGCAGUACUCUGGACUGCAUAGGAAAGUCGCCCCUUCUCUGAAGUAGGUGUUUCAAUGAGGUGAUCCCAGAAUCCGAUCCAGAAGUGGUGAUUCAGAUGAAUUUCAUCGAAGUUCACCAGAAUUUUGUUCCAGACGAUAGGACCUGCAUAGUUUGGCUGGCAAGCCUUAGUAAUUCUUGUAGAGAUUAUUGGUUUUUGUAGUCUGUUUCACCUUCUUGUGUUUACAUGCCCAUAUGGGUUGCAGGAGAUUGGGAUGUAUUGAACUUUCAAAAGCUGCAAACAAUAAGAUUUAUGCCAUUUGAUUACAAUAAAUCACAACAUCAAUUCUGAUU